AGUUGACCACUCAAAGAACAGCACGGCUGGACCUGAAUGCUGAAACCACCACAACAACACGGCAAAAUGAAUUGCAGCUCAAAAAAUAGCCCGGCAGGACUUUGAUGCAGAAAGUUAUAGGUGAAGAAGCAUAGACGUUGAGAACACAAGAUGUCAGAAAUUUUGACUGCGUUGGUUGAGGUCUCGGAAAAAUCUGCCAACCUCGCUCGUGGAUGCAAACAGGAGGAAGCGCUCUUCCAGCUUUUGGUACAAGAAAAACUAGGGGACGAGAAGAAUAAGAAAUUUGUCAACGAUUUCAAAACGCUGGCUGAUGUGUUGGUCCAAGAAGUUAUCAAACAUGACAUGGGAAAGAAAUUUCCAGGACUUGAGGAUCACAUCUUUGGUGAAGAAUCAAAUGAAUUCACCAAUAGUCUAGGAGAGAAGAUUAAAGUUAACAUCUGUGGGACGGAGAGUGAAACUGCGUUGUUGCUGAGCAAAGUGCUGGAUGGUAACAUGACAGCAGCUGGAGUGUUGGCUAAGAUUGUUCAUCACAACGUCUCCAUUGUAGAUCCAGCGCUGGAGAAAGUGAAGGCAGUGAUUCCCCAGGACACAAUAGCAAUGUGGGUGGACCCCAUAGAUUCAACAUUUCAGUAUAUAGAAGGACUUGCUGACGAGAAGCCUACAGAUGGAAUUUAUGCCAAGGGUCUUCAAUGUGUAACCAUUCUGAUCGGAGUGUAUGACAGAAAUACUGGGCUACCCAUAAUGGGUGUUAUUAACCAGCCCUUCAUAGCCCGCGAUCCAGAAACUCUCAGAUGGAGAGGGCAGUAUUUCUGGGGGAUCUCUUAUGGGGAGACCAAAAUAUGCUCACUGCAUUUUCAGGAUCAGAGUGCAAAUGCUGCUCUCGGUAAUGAUCACCUCAGCAACCGGAAGCAGAAUGAAGAUCACCAAGCAGAAAGCAAUGGUCUAUCAGUGGUUAUGAGCACGAGUGAAAAUGAAAACAUCAAGCGAGCACUGUCUCUUCAACGGUUGUACUACGCGGCAGGAGCUGGCUACAAGUGCCUAUGUGCUGUCCAAGGCUUUGCCAGUCUCUAUCUUUUCUCUGAAGAUACUACUUUCAAGUGGGACUGCUGUGCACCUCAUGCUAUACUGAGAUCCUUGGGAGGAGGAAUGGUAGACUUCAGAGAAUGCUUGAAGAGAAAAAAGAAUGGCAGCUUGCAUGAGCUUCCUGAGUUAGUCUACAAUGCCCCAGUGGAUAGGGCCAAAGGAGCAGAGAGAUGGGCUAAUAAGGGAGGUUUGGUGGCAUUUCGCUCUCCCAAACACUUAGAUACCAUUAUGAAUAUAAUUUCAGAAUUAAACCUCUGAUAACGAUUACCUCAGGGGUUUUGACUAUUUUUCAGUUUCAGUGGAAACAGCGUUUCCAGUAAAGAAUGGAUAAGUAGGUUGUUAAAAAUAAUGCAUUAAAAAAUUACAGUAUGUGCCUCAGGUUCUGUCUUCGUAUGUUUCAGCUAGCAACUUAACAAAGCAGAGCAACUGGAACUCAGAUAUUAUAGGGUGAGUGCACAGAACCGAAAUUCAAAAUUCAUUUCAGCAAGAAAUAAUUAAUACUAGUGUACAGUGUAGUUUAAGCCUCAAAGCUACAGUUAUAUUCAAGUGCUGUGCAGCUGCUUAACACUAUAAAAUUAAGUUUUUGAUUUUUUUAAAUAUGCAUAUUUUUCAUGACAACCCAGGUUUCAGUAACUGCCCCAAACUGAUUCUGAAUAGAGACUAAGCAAUGUAAAGGGCUGGACUGUAUUUUGUUUUAAUUCACAGUGGUGUCUGGAUCAAGUAAGAUAUUCUAGUUUUUAUAUUCUCUUUGUUUGCAGGUAGUUGACCUUCUACACCCAAAUGUAGGUAAGCUUCAUAAUAGGUGGGUUUCAAUAACGACAGAAGAUUCAGACUAAUUCAACGGUAUCAACCAAAUGGGUCAAAUUGAAUUCCGUCCCCCCCUUUUCUGCUUGUCCUUAUAAUCUUCUCCCUUCCAGCAUCCCCCAGUUCUGACGAAAGGUCAUUGACCUGAAAUGUUAA